UUUCUUGCAAUCGGCAUUAGUAUGGGGCAGGAUUUCCCUUUCUGUGUAUAUUCCGGAACAUUUUUGUGCAGAAAGCAGUAACAUAUGUGAUAUAUUGUAUAUAUUCAUAAAUGUUGUGGAUACUACAGUUUUUACAACUGUUCAGCGCUCAUUUUUAUACACGGAUUAUGAAAGCAGGAGUUGGAGGUGAUCAGGAUUGUGUGAACUGGUGAGAGGACAUUGCUAGACACCCUGAGUCAUCUAUAUGGGCCAUCUUCUUUCGAAAAAUGGUAAGCGUGUGAAGAAGAGGAAAAGGAAACUGCGGAGGAACUGCUUCCUGCACGGGCCGUGCAUGUUGUGCUUCAUCGUCCACAGCAACGCCAACAACCGCGACGAGAACCAGCUUGAGAGUGCUUCCAAGCUCGCUGAGAGGUACGCCACUCUCAGUACACCGGAGGAUUGCGCCAAGUUUCUCCUGUCUCCAAAGGAACUCUGGGAGGAACAGGGCAAGUGCCUGCUAUCCAGCGUCCCAGCCAAGUUCAUUGGGCCUCAACUCUUGAGAACUGUCUCCACUGAGUACUUUGAGAUGGUAUGCAAGAGGAAGUGUGGAGGGGUACAGAAGUGCGCGCCCUGCAAGCAGCCACGCUGUACCUUUCAGGAGGUGACCGAGAAUGGUGUGGUCAGUGACCCAGCAGCCCAGUGCCACAUCCAUCUGUGCAGCUUGCCCUCCUCUUCCUCCUCCUCCUCCACAGAGUGCUCUGGUGUGGGGCUGCAGGUGGACUUAGGGGAGGGCAGCACCACCACCAACCAAGGCUCCUCCGAGAGCAGUGAACUUGCACCUCACAAGAACCUGCAGGAAUUCAAAGUGUUUGAGACUGAUGUGUCCAAUGUUAACCUCCUGCCUUCUUCAAUCCUGCUAAAGAUAUUUGCUCAUCUAUCCGUGAAGGAACGCUGUCUUUCUGCAUCAUUAGUUUGCAAGUACUGGUGUGAUCUGUGUUUAGAUUUUCAGUUCUGGAAGCAGAUAGACCUCAGCGGUCGACAGCAGGUCACAGAUGAUCUCCUUGUAAAGAUUGCAGCCAGGAGGCAGAAUGUGACUGAAAUUAACAUCUCUGAUUGCCGCAACGUUUCAGACGAUGGGGUGCGCUCCCUGGCAUCCCAGUGCCCGGGUCUUCUUAAAUACACAGCGUACCGGUGCAAACAACUUAGUGACCUCUCUCUCCUUGUCAUAUCCACUCACUGUCCUCUUCUGCAAAAGGUGCACGUGGGGAACCAGGAUAAACUCACCGACGAAGCCCUCAAACAGUUGGGAGAGCACUGUUCUGAACUGAAAGAUGUCCACUUUGGUCAAUGCUACAAGAUAACUGAUGAAGGCAUGGUGGUGCUAGCAAAGGGUUGUCCAAAGCUGCAAAGAAUCUACAUGCAAGAAAACAAACUGGUGACAGAUAAAUCAGUAAAAGCAUUUGCUGAACACUGUCCGGAGCUGCAAUUUGUCGGUUUUAUGGGCUGCUCUGUUACAUCCCAAGGGGUCAUCCACCUCACUAAACUCAAGAACCUGAGCAGCCUGGACUUGCGUCACAUCUCUGAGCUGAAUAACGAAACAGUGAUGGAAGUGGUGAGGAAAUGCCGGAACCUGAGCUCACUUAACUUGUGCUUGAACUGGAGCAUCAAUGACAGAUGUGUGGAGUUUAUAGCGAAGGAAGGACAGAGCCUAAAAGAACUAUACUUGGUAUCAUGCAAAAUCACUGACUAUGCUUUGAUAGCUAUUGGCCAAUACAGCACAACCAUAGAGACUGUGGAUGCAGGCUGGUGUAAAGAAAUCACGGAUCAGGGAGCCACCCAGAUUGCUCAGAGCAGCAAGUCCCUCAGGUAUCUGGGACUGAUGAGGUGUGAUAAGGUGAAUGAAGAGACCGUGGAGCAGUUGGUUCAGCAGUAUCAACACAUAACAUUCAGCACGGUGAUGCAGGACUGCAAGAGGACCCUGGAGAGAGCCUAUCAGAUGGGUUGGAUACCCAACACUUCCACUGCAUCAUAACCUCCUGCCUACAGUACCCAUCAUUAAUCUGACACACGCAUAUCCAGCAGCUCUAAGGUGCAACAGAUUUUUACUAACACAUGUACAGUAACAAACCAUCAGAAGCCAGGAGUCAACAAUCGACCCGCAACACAUUUAGAAUAACAGAACAUAGGCAAAAACACUGUUAAAACUUUUCAACAGCAUUACAAUGGGAGUGAAGUAGCUCUAUUUGUACAUUUGUAGCUGUAAAACCAUAGAGUCACAAUGCAUUGAAAUACAGCAUGUAUCUGGAAAACGUAAAGCAAUUGUCUUCCAGAUGCCGGCUUAGUUUUGAAUUUCUUGGUUAAAAACAAUACAAGCUCGACAACUGUUGCUACCAGAUAUUAAGGGUUUUUUUUCCUACUUAAAAGUAGUUUAGAGAUUUUUGGUUUUUUUUGUAUAAUCAUUUGAUCUUUGUUUUUACCAAAUAGUGCAAAGUGAGUUUGCAGUACAUGCCUAGAUAAUAAUAGACCAGGUGUACUACCUGUUAAGUAAAACAUAUUUGCCUGAACAUAUAUAGUAUUUCUCGUAUACCAUGAUGUUUUAUUAUUAUUACUGUUGUUGUUAUUAUUGUUUAGUAAGAGAAUAGAGGAAGUAAACACCACAGGGAACUGCACACAUUGUAAGCCAGGGGACUUUUUUCAGUGUUUUAAAAUCCUUCCCUUUAUUGUAUCAGUAAUCAAUAAUCCUUACAAGACACUAUUAUGCAAAUAAUCUGGGUAUUUUUUUAUUGUUUAAAAUAGAAAAGGCUUGUAGUUAGUAAUGUAAUGAUAUAAACUGAAUACAAUACCUGGGGGUUGUAAAGGAUAUGUACGUUUGUGAUGGCUUGGUAGAAUUUCAUAUUACCCAGAUGAUCUUUCAGCCUUACCUUUUGACACUCACCUUUUUGCUGGAUAUUUUCACACUUGAUCCUGUUUUUGUUUUUAUUAUUAUUAAUGUCAUUCUGUGUCCAAGAUAUUAUCCACUGGUAUACCUGUCAUGGCAAUAAUUCUCUUGCAUGGUUUCACAUCUACCAUUUCCAACGUUGUGUUUCAGAAGCAAGGGCUCUGUUUUAUUUCCCCUAAAGCCAGAAGAAUCCCACCACAUCCAAUAGAUAUUCACUAGCUAAUUAAAACAGAGCCCCUUGCUACCUGCAUUUGUGGGUUUGUCUUGUGUGUACUAUCCAGUGCUUCAUUAAUGUGUUAGUUUGCAUCAACUGAUUUGGUUCUUGUAACAUACCUUAAACUCAGAUGCUCAUAUUUGUUAAAUAUUCCUAGAACUAUAUAGGUGUCCAAAGGGCUAUAGUUGUAAUUGUGACCAACUUAAAUGUUCAUGGAGAUUUUUUUUCCCAUAAUGCCACCGAUAUAUACAAUACAUCUAAUAGUUUUAGACACAGUUCAUAACCCCUCUGCAAGACAACAUGUAUCUGCAAAAGGAAUACUUGAUAAAAUUGACAACUGUUUUGUUGGGUUUCUUUCUGUGUAUUUGGUAAUUUUUCUGUUUCAAUAAAACACACUAAAUCUA